AUGGUUAAUGCUGAUCUGGAGUUUGAGAAAGAACCUUUGGAGGUUUCAGUUGAGGAGGGGCAAACUUCUGGUGAUUUGGUCACUACUGAAGGGGAUCCUGGGGACCAGACUGUGAGUUUUGUUGAUGUGGUGAAGGGCCCAUCUACGGGGGUAGUUCUUCUAGUGCUUUGGAGAACUCUGGAAGGCAUGACCCUUUGGAAGAACCUCCUGAUACUCAGAAUCCAUGGAUUACAGUGA